AUGGCAACGGCUACUGCAUCCCUUAUCAAACUUAGAAAUGCGUUUUGGGGAAGACCACCGGAGGAUCCGAAGGAGAGGAAACUACUUCUCAAGAUUGACUGGUUUGUCUUAUCGUUUGUGUGCUUAAAUUAUUGGACAAACUAUCUAGACAGAAGCAACUAUGCCAAUGCUUACGUUUCUGGCAUGAAAGAGGAUCUUGGCAUGAAAGGCUUUCAAUAUAAUGUGAUCAAUACUGCCUUUACCUGUGGUUAUGUGGUAGGAAUGAUUCCAAACAAUAUUGCUUUGCUUAAAAUCUCUCCACGAUAUUGGCUUACUUUCUGCUCGGCUGCCUGGGGACUCUUGACAUUAAGCAUGUUCAAGGUGACUAACUACAAACAGCUUUGCGUCAUUCGAUUUUUUCAGGCUGUAUUCGAGUCCUCCACUUUCAGUGGUACUCAGUUCAUCUUGGGUAACUGGUACAAAGAAACGGAACUUACUAAAAGAACUGCCAUUUUUACCAGUUCGGGCUUGAUGGGUUCUAUAUUCUCUGGCUUUAUGCAGACAUCUAUUCACAGAAGUAUGAACGGUCGAUGCGGGUUGGAAGGCUGGAGAUGGCUAUUUAUUAUUGACUUCCUUAUCACUGUUCCGGUGUGCAUUUAUGGAUUUGUGUGCUUUCCCGACAUUUCAGGUAGAUCCAGUUCUUUGUUCUUUAGUGAUGAGGAGAAGAAGCUGGCAAUAGAUCGAUUGCCGCCUAAGCCACAGACUAAAUUUGAUCUGAGUGUCAUUAAAAGGGUCCUUGGAAGAUGGCAUUGGUGGCUCUUCUCGUUGCUCUGGGUCUUUGGCGGUGAAAACGAAUCAUACGUCACCAACACGCUUUUUGCUAUAUGGCUACAGGACCAAGGUUACAGUAUUUCACAGAGGAACAACUAUCCCAUGGGUAUCUAUGGUAUUGGUGUGCUCUCUACUUUAUUUACCGCAAUUUAUGUUGAUCUUACCGGUGCCAAAUACCAUUGGCACGUCGCCAUCUGGAUCACGGUAGCGCUUUUGGUAUCUACUGUGCUUCUUCUCUGCAAACCUCUUACUCCUGCCUACGUAUUUGCUGCUCAGUACCUAGCUGGUAUAUCUUUCUCCGGUCAAGCUGCAUUUUUCGCAUGGGCCAAUGUUGUAUGCUAUAACGAUCUUGAGGAAAGAGCUAUUGUUUUAGCCUCCAUGAAUAUGUGGAGUAGCGUUGUCAAUUCCUUUUGGAGUAUAUUAUUCUAUAAGGCCAGCAGUGCUCCUAAAUUCGCUGAGGGUUGCUAUGCUAUGCUCGGUACCAUCUUCUCGGGCUUGUUUGUAGCAGGCGCAAUUCGGUUCCUCCAAAUCAAGGAGGAGAGACAAGAUAAAGAAAUUUGA